GCCGGGCCCCGGGACGCCCUUACCGGGGAUCGGCGCCCCGCGUCGCGCGCUGGCCUGGGCUCGGACGUCCACGCGCGGCCGCCCGCCGCCCGACCACGCUCCAGGUCUCUCUCCUCCGGUUUUCUCCUCCACCCCCCCACCCCCGGGGGCCACCAGGGCCGGGGCAGCUCCGAGAAGCCCGGCGGAGGCCCUUCACCUCGCGCCACCUCUACUCCCCGGGUCCGCCUCUCCCACGCGCACGUCCCCAAAGUCGGAAGCUUGAACUUGGGGAGCGAUUGCAGGCAGGCCGAGCGAGCACCGCUGGAAGGGGGUGUGGACGGAGGCGGCCGAACCCUUGGGCCGGCCCAGAAGGGGCCGGGAAAGGACCCGCGGCUCUCAGAGGGCCCAUUGGACACCCGGCCUUCCUCUUCUGGAGGACCUCUCACCCUUCCCUUCCCGGGGCGCCCGAGUGGCUGCCUGGGGCGCUUUCCUUGGGGGGCCCGAGGCGCCCUUCUGCGCCUCCUCGCUGUGGGCGGUGGAGGGUGUCUCCGCGGGCCCCUAGACGUCAGCCUGAAGGAUACGGGCUCGGCUUCACGUCUUGGCCCCUUGGCGGCCGGGCGCGGAGGACGCGGGCUCACGCUGCGCGCCCGGCCUCUCUCCGCAGCGCCGGCGGUCCGACGUGCCAGGAGCCGCGAGCCCAUGGAGGGUCUGGGCCGCUCGUGCCUGUGGCUGCGGAGGGAGCUGUCGCCCCCGCGGCCUCGGCUGCUGCUGCUGGACUGCCGAAGCCGCGAGCUCUACGAGGCGGCGCGCAUUGGCGGGGCGCUGAGCGUCGCCCUGCCCGGGCUGCUGCUGCGCCGCCUGCGGCGGGGGAGCCUGUCGGUUCGCGCGCUGCUGCCCGGGCCGCCGCUGCAGCCGCCCCCGCCCGCCCCGGUGCUCCUGUACGACCAGGGCGGGGGCCGGCCCCGGCGCGGGGAGGCGGAGGCCGAGGAGUGGGAGGCCGACUCGGUGCUGGGCACCCUGCUGCAGAAGCUGCGAGAGGAAGGCUACCUGGCGUACUACCUACAGGGCGGCUUCAGCAGAUUCCAGGCAGAGUGCCCCCACCUGUGUGAGACCAGCCUCAGCAGCCGUGGGGGCCCAAGCACAGCCCCGGUGCCCAGCCCAGUGGUGGGGCUGGGCGGCCUGUGCCUGGGCUCUGACUGCUCUGAUGCCGAAUCCGAGCCUGACCGCGACUCCAUGAGCUGUGGCCUGGAUUCAGAGGGCGCCACACCCCCCCCCACGGGGCUGCUGCCAUCCUUCCCUGUCCAGAUCCUGCCCAACCUCUACCUGGGCAGUGCCCGGGAUUCAGCCAACGUGGACAGCUUGGCCAAGCUGGGCAUCCGCUACAUCCUCAACGUCACCCCCAACCUCCCUAACCUCUUCGAGAAGAACGGUGACUUUCACUACAAGCAGAUCCCCAUCUCAGACCACUGGAGCCAGAAUUUGUCCCAGUUCUUUCCUGAGGCCAUUGCAUUCAUUGAUGAGGCCUUGUCCCAGAACUGCGGGGUGCUCGUUCACUGCCUGGCCGGUGUCAGCCGCUCUGUCACCGUCACCGUGGCCUACCUCAUGCAGAAGCGCCACCUCUCACUCAACGAUGCCUACGACCUGGUCAAGCGGAAGAAGUCUAACAUCUCACCCAACUUCAACUUCAUGGGGCAGCUGCUGGACUUCGAGCGUAGCCUUCGGCUGGAGGAGAGGCGCGCCCGGGAGCGCAGCAGUGGGGGGCAGGAGUCCUCGGCCUCCGACCCGCCCUCCUUCUUUACCACCCCCACCAGCGAUGGUGUCUUCGAGCUGGAUCCCACAUAGGGCCCCCGUUCCAGCCCCCAGUGGGUGCCCCUGACCACCCAUGUGCUGGGGGGAGGUGGGAGGGGGCUCAGCCGGAAGCAGGGCGGGGGAGAGCGCAAUACCUCAGGGGAGGGCUGUUGGGAAGAGGCCCGAGCCAGGAGCCCCUCCAGAGUGGCUGCGGGGAAAGACCUGUCCUACCCACUUGAAACAUCACGGGAAUCCUAUUAAAUGUGCCUAUAAGCCGGGCCCAGGGCCACCAGCCUGACCCGCGCCGCUUGCGGGCGGAACCACGCUCCAGAACCUGCCUCUUCCGCGACUGUUACUUUUUCCUUUGGGGAGU